AUGUGCUCAUACUUGCUGCCCCGAAGUGCGGGGGAGCCAAGCAGGUAUGGCCAACAACAGCCGUCUCUAAUAUAUGAUGGGUUCGGCGCGGUAUCCCCGCCGGUUGUUCCCCCAGCUUCUUCCAGACGGUGGCCUCUAUUUUGCCUGGCUUAGUCUUUUUUUUUCAUAGGCACCUUUUCCUUGGUUAUCAUGUGCUUUCAGCGAGUUUUAGCUAAUUGACGCAUAGUGAAGUCCCAGGUCCCUGAAAUGGUAUUGGUCAGAAGCUGGAAAUCAGGGGGGCGCGAUGAUGUCGGACGUGCUAUAUGUCCCGUGUUGGCGGAAUAUACAGCCCGGUAGCUGUCUUCUGUGGGCCAGCACAGCUCGAAAUUAAAGACCUGUGGUUUUCACUUGGUCUUUUCGAGGCCUCUUCUGCUUCUGUUCUUGUCAUGUCUCAUCACCUAAGCUAGGUAUACAUACUUCUCGGGUCAUAUAACUUAGUCCACUGGAGACAAAAUGCAACUCCUAACCGCCAUCGCCCUCCUAGCCGUAGGUGCCCCCUUCCCCACUACCCUUGCCCAAGGCUCCUCGGGCACUGGCCAGACAACCCGCUACUGGGACUGCUGUAAGCCAUCUUGCGGCUGGAGCGCCAAGACGAACUCGGGCAAGUUCAUCGGCACCUGCGACCGCAGCGACAACCCCUUGGGCGGAGCCGACACGCCGUCUGGGUGUGAUAACGGCGGGAGUGCAUUCAUGUGUUCCAACCAGAGCCCCUGGGCCGUCAACGAGACGACGAGCUACGGCUGGGCGGCUGUCAAGCUUGCGGGGAGCACUGAGACGACGUGGUGUUGUGCUUGUUACGAGUUGACGUUUACGAGUGGGUCUAUUAGUGGAAAGAAGAUUGUGGUGCAGGCUUCGAAUACGGGUGGGGAUUUGGGGCAGAAUCAUUUUGAUUUAGCGAUGCCUGGCGGCGGCGUAGGUCUCUUCAAUGCCUGUACCAACCAAUAUGGCGCCCCGCCCCAGGGCUGGGGUCAACAGUAUGGAGGCGUGUCGUCACGAUCGGACUGCGACGGGUUCCCAGAGAAGCUCAAGGCUGGGUGCUACUGGCGCUUCGACUGGUUCGAGGGCGCAGACAAUCCAAGUGUGAGCUUUAAGCAGGUGGCCUGCCCUGCGGCGCUGACGGCGAAGAGUGGGUGCUCUCGCAAUAAUGAUGCUAUUGACGAGACGCCUACGGGACCGAGUAGCGUGAGUACUUGGACGCAGAGUGAGACGGCGACGGCAACUGCUACGGCGACGGCCUAGUCGCUGAUGGAGAUGAGCCGGAAGGGGGUGAUGAAAAGGGGGAGAAAUGGGGUAUCUAUAUAGGAUUGUGGUGGCUUGGAUGAGCCGGCUGGCAUUGUAUACAAGUUAAAUGCCGUCUCUUUUUAUAUACACUGCUUCAAGUUGG